AGAAAGAAACUAAAAAAAAAAAACUGUGGAGUGGGAACGCUCUCACUUCUGCGGAGCAACUUCCCGGAAGUUGCCUUCCCAGAGUGAAAGCAUUGACCAGAAGCUCGUUGAAGCCUUUUCUCUCAAGCUUGCCGGUUUCACUCAGCUCAUCUGCUUGGAAGAUUUUUUAACCUGUGCUGAGUUUCAAUGAUCUGCUAGCUUGUUGGAAAUCUUUCCGUUGGUGAUCGCCCCCAUCUCUGGGAGAUCCACUUGCCCUGCCUCCGCGGAAAUGGAACAAGGAGUAGGGAUAAAUAUCUGAAGUUUGGCGUUGUGACGCAUCCGAGCUUCAGCAGGGCAGUCUGGUUAUUUCAAAGUCCAUGUGGAACCUGAAUUUACCUAGAAGUUGGACAAUUCUAAGAUAUUGCAACUGAACCAACCCUCACCAUCGAAAAGGGCAAGUUCAGUACUGCAUCCAGCCUGGUUGUGCUAGUACUAAUGUCUUUCCACGUCCGAAAUUCCUGCAUAUUCAGUUGUCUCGAUGUUUAUUUGUAGAUACUAUAACCUUCAAUGGUUGGAGGCUUGUCGACAUUGUCGCUCAGGUAGUGUGUCCGGAUAUCAUCAGUUGAAGGGUGCAUGCUGAAGGUGAGGAAAGGUCUACCCAGUCACUGAUGGAUGGGAAUGGAACAGGGAUGAGAGGGGACUAAUAGCAGUGGAGUCGUUUUUCAUCGUUUGAUUCAUCCGUUUCUCUGGGGAAUGCAGCUCCAGAAUAACUUGGAACUUUUUAGUCAAUCAGUUCUGAGAUCAUGGAGAUUGGAAUAACCCUUUUUUGAAGAUAUUUCUCUGUCUUUGGGUUUAAGAGAAGUUAGCAGAGCUUUCCCUCAUUGCAGCUCUGCUACUGAUAGUCUUCAUUCAUCAGCAGUAGACCGGUGAAGUUGCCUGAGGGUCAGUAGCUGGCAGAGGUAAGCCAUGGGACAAGUUUUGGGAUCACGCUGAAGUCAUGCCGAAUGAAGCUGCCUGAGGUUCAGUAGCUGGCAUGGGUAAGCCCAGGGAUAAGUUCUGGGAUUAUGCUGAAGUCAUACCAAAUGAAGGUGAAGGUAAAGAUAAAGGGACUCGUUGGAAGUGUAAGUUCUGCAACAAAAAAUAUUCCGGGGGUGCUUCUAGGAUAAAGGCGCAUUUGGCUAAGGUUGAUCGUGAAGGAAUUAAAGUUUGCGAAGCAGUUGAUGAAGCUACAACUAAGGAGGCCCUUGAAGCGCUGGAUUCGAAUAAAAGGCCUAAAAAGAAAAAAAGACCAGAUUAUUUAACCGAUUCAACUCCGAUGAACCCACAGGAGGCAGAUUUGCAAAGUACUCUGCCAGUUCUUGGCCAGAGGAACCUCAAUGGACAAUUGCAGAGGAGACCUGAUGAAAUUCAAAGAGUCGAAUUUUCCGGGGAAAAUGAGUCGAUAGAUCUGGCUAACAUCCCGACUCGCUCUGACUUUGGGGAAUCCACUGUGGGUGCAAUGAUGCAAGAAUUCGAGAAUGAAAUACAGGUAGAAGGUCCAUCGGAUGCUCAAGGAUACGUCAAUGACUGGUCGGGUCGAGAACGGAUGUUAGCGCCCAAAUUAGUGGGUCGAGACCGGAUUGUGGAUGAGCUCUGGGGUUACUUAACGACAAAUGAUAUAUUACGCAUCGGAGUCUAUGGGAUGGGGGGAGUGGGGAAAACCACAACCAUGAAACACCUCUAUAAUAAAGUGCAUGGCAGUGCUGCCUUUGAGAAUGUAUUCUGGAUCACGGUGUCAAAAGACUGCAGUAUCCACGAGCUUCAAAAUAAGAUUGCCAGAGCCCUCAAGGUUCCUGACCUUUUCAAGGAUGUUGACGAAGGGAUGAGACCAACAUUGUUGUGCAACUAUUUGAGCAAGAAAAAGAAGUGUCUAAUUAUUUUAGAUGAUAUGUGGCGGCAUUUUGAGCUUGCAGACGUUGGAAUUCCAGUCAAAAGAGAUGGUGUUCAGCUGGUCUUAACAACACGAUAUCGUGAUGUUUGCGAAAAGAUGUUGUGUGAAGCGAAAAUUGGAGUUCGACCUCUAUCUGAUGAAGAAGCAUGGGCAUUAUUUGUACAGACACUUGAUUCUGAUCUACCUCCUAGUCGGAAACUUGUUGCUGAGCAUAUUGUUAAGGAGUGCAAAGGCUUGCCGUUAGCUAUUGUUGUUAUGGCGGGAAGCAUGAGGGGAGAGGUCGAGGAUCAUGUGUGGGAUGCCACGCUGGAAAAUUUAAAACGACCAGGAGUUCUGGAACAGAGUAUGAAAGAAAGUGUUUUCCCGAUUCUGGUGCACAGUUACAACCGCUUGGAUAGGAAGAAACAACUAUGUUUUUUAACGUGUGCUCUAUAUCCUGAAGAUAGGAAAAUCUCUAGACAAGAACUGAUAGAACUUUGUAUUGAUGAGGGGGUGAUUUAUGAAGAUAGGAGGCGGAAGAUGUAUAACGAAGGGCACAGAUUGUUAGAUGAACUUGAAAAGUCAUGCCUCUUGGAGGCAUGUAGUGAUGGCAAUGGCAGCAAAGCAGUUAGGAUACAUGAUGUGAUUCGGGAUAUGGCACUGCACAUCAUGAACGCGAACAAUCCCCCCUGCAUGGUGAAAUCUGGCUUGGGUUUGGAAGAUGUGCCGGAUGAUGAGGAGUGGUUGCUUAAUCUUCAGAAGGUCUCCUUGAUGAGCAAUGGCAUAGAAGCAGUUCCACCCUCCAUAUCACCAAACUGUCCUCAACUUGCAACUUUGUUGUUGAGUGACUGCAAGAGAUUGCAUAAAAUCUCAAAACGUUUCUUUCGGCGGAUGCAGGGGUUGAAGGUUAUUGAUUUGAGAUAUACUAGUAUCACAAAAGUGCCAAAAUCUGUCAUGAGCUUGAAAAAGUUGAGAGCACUAGUACUCAAAUGCUGCUUUCAAUUAUCUCGUAUUCCGUCCUUGGCGAAGUUGACCUCGUUAGGGAAGUUGGACAUCGAAGGGUGUAGAAAGAUAAAAGAAGUACCGGAUGGUUUGGGGAUGUUGGUUAAUCUUACAUAUCUUGGCAUACAUGUCUCGGGAAUUGAGAGGAUUCCAGAUGGAGUAGUCUGUAAGUUAAAGAAGCUACAACACCUUAGAGCGGAUUAUGUUACAGUGAAGGGAGGAGAAGUUGGAAAAUUGAGGAAGUUGGAGGUACUCCGAUGUCGUUUUGAAAACGUGAAUGAGCUGAAUGAGUACACACGGCAUGCGACAACUAUAGAGUCAUACAUUCUCGUCAUAGGAGGUCAUCCAAAUUGCUCCUAUGCUCUUAAUAGUGGAAAAGUUGUUAUUAUGGAUGACGUAGAGAUAAGAGAAACUUGUCAAUUCCCAAGAGACGUGAAGUUUUUGUGGAUUCUACGCGUGAGGACGUGGAAUAUAUCCAGUUUUACGGGACUUGAAGAACUGGAGGUGCUAAGAACUGAAGAACUUCUAGAAGAGCCAGAGGGACAGCAGGAGGAACGAACUUCUCCACCACCACCAGGAGACCACUGCCCCAAUCUCAAGGUGCUACAGAUCCUUGAUUGUCCAAAAUUGAAGCAUUUGUUGGUGUCCAGACACCACUGCUAUCUGCACCUUAAGAAACUAGAAAAGCUCGAGAUAUACCACUGCGAGGAGCUGGAGAGUAUGAUAGGAGCAGCAACAGACGAAGAAGAAUCACUGACAUCAUCAACACCACCACUGCCACCCGACGCUUUCUCCCAACUCCAAUCUAUUAAAAUAGCCGGUUGUCCAAAGAUGAAGGAUAUGGUGGGGCCAAAAUCGCUUCCUGUUCUUAGGAAAAUAGAAUUAAGUGGAUGUGCUAAGAUGAAGAGGGUGCUAACUCUUGAGUCAUUCAUGCUCCUCCCCAACCUAGAAAAGCUCGAGAUAGACCGCUGCGAGGAGCUGGAGAGUAUAAUAGACGAAGAAGAAUCACUGACAUCAUCAACAUCACCACUGCCACCCGACGCUUUCUCCCAACUCCAAUUAAUAAAAUUACGUUGGUGUCAUAAGAUGAAGAGGGUGCUAACUCCUGAGUUAUUCACGCUCCUCCCCAACCUCCAGACUAUCAUUGUUGUUGGUUGCAAAGAGAUGAAGGAGGUUAUAGGCGGCCAAGAAUUAGACCACGGAGCCACCAGCAGCUUGUUCUUGUCCCCCAUUCCAGCAGCAUCUCCCGGUGAUCAAUUAAGUACAAGAAAGCUGACCUUGAAGUUGGACGACCUUGAGGAGCUGGAGAGCAUAUGCAGUUGGACCGGACUUCGGGAUCUCAUACAUGUUAUUCAGAUAAGUAGAUGUCCAGAGCUGAAGAGGAUUGAAAUGCUAGAUGAUGCGUCCCCUCCCCCUUCUCUUAAGGAGAUAGUACUAUGGGUAGGAGGGGAUGGAAAUAGAGCAAAACAAUGGUGGGAAUCUCUGGAGUGGGAACACCCUGAUGCCAAGAAUAUCCUUGAACCCUAUGUGUUUGUUGAUACGCCACACAGGAAAAAAAUUCCUUUACGAGAAUGCCGGCCGUAAUCGGCAGAAGGAUUAGGGAGGGAGGGAUGGACCCAAACUGUGCUCAGAGGAAGUAAUGAUACACGUCAAGGGAGGUGGAUUCAUUCAAGGGGGAACAAUGAGUAGCAUUGGAUUGCACCAUGAGAUUCCUUAUUAAGCUUGCUGCUGCUGUGGGAGAUUGCGGGAUUGUGGAUAGCUUAAAAGACGGGGAAGUCGGAGAUAGUGAACUGCUGCUUCUGUGAUUGUUGCUAAGGAGAUUCUGAAAAUUUUGCUCUUUGAAUUAUCAACAUUUGCUAUGAAGAACUUCUAUAAUAUGUGCGUGUCUGCCUGCUCUGCUAAAUAUUCUUCAGAUACUAGAAAAUCAACUAUCGGUGAAUGUCAAAUGUGUCAUUUGUGGAUGUGGUGAACUCUGCUGAAUCAAUUUAUUGUUCUUAUAGUU